AUGACAGAACUCAUUGUGAAUCUAAGGGUGAUGAAGAAAGCACAAGAUGAAGUAAGAAGUGUCAUAGGAGAUAGAAGAACAAUGUUAGAGGAUGAUCUCCAACGACUUUCCUACUUAAAGGCUUUAAUCAAAGAGAUCUUUUGGUUGCAUCUGCCAGCUCCAGUACUAGUCCUAAGAGAAUCCAUGGAAGAAGUGACAAUAACUGGGUAUCAAAUUCCUACCAAAACACGUUUCUUCAUCAAUGCCUGGGCAAUAGGGAGGGACCCAAUGUCCUGGGAGAAUCCGGAGAUCUUUAACCCAGAUAGAUUCAUUGGCAACCCUAUUGAUCUUAAGGGGCAAGAUUUUGAGCUCAUACCAUUCGGAGUAGGGAGAAGAGGGUACCCUACUAUCACAUUCGGAGCAGCCAGCAUUGAGCUUUCUCUGGCACAACUUCUACACUACUUUGACUAG